UUUGGUUUGGUUUAGCGCAUGUGUGUGUUGUACGUCAUCGCACUUCAUUGUGCUGGCCUUCAUGUCACGCGCCCUUGACUCAGCUGACAACCAACUGCCAACCCUACGAUCACACGGACGGACGGAUAGAUAACCGCAAUCAGCCGAGCCCCCGAAGUACGCGUUUAUCGCGUCUAGAAGUCAUGUCAGUCGUUCUCGCGACCGCGAACGAGUAGAAAUCGCGAGAAGCAGCAGCUGGCGACUUCACUCGCGCCCGAAAGCAGCGACGGUCGCCCUUGUGACAUCCAACGAUCCCGAUGGCAUCGUCCGGGGCUCCGCUGGGACUUCGGCUGCUUCAGCUGGCGUUCCGUAAGUGCUGCGUUUCCAUUACGGCCGAGAGGAGGCUCGCCUACUACCGCGGCUUCGUGCUCGUGGCCACUUUCUUGGCGUACACUUGCUAUCACAUGACGCGGCGGCCCCUGAGCAUCGCCAAGUCCGUGUUGCACCAGGACUGCAGGUACGCCACGCCCGACGCCUCGAUCGUCGUCACCGUGAACAACAGCCGGACGUGGUGCAACUGGGCCCCUUUCGACGGCGAUGACGCUCCUCGUCUCUUCUCCUACCUCGACUCCAUCUACCUCUUCACGUACGCCGCGUGCAUGUUCGUGAGCGGAUUUGUGGCGGAGAGAAUGCACCUGCGCUACUUCCUCGGGCUGGGCAUGCUGCUGAGCGCGCUCACCACGCACGUAUUCGGCAUGGGCCACAGCCUGGGAAUCCACUCGUUCGCCUUCUACUUUGUCGUGCAACUCCUGGGCGGCGCCUGCCAGAGCACCGGCUGGCCCAGCGUGGUGACGUGCGUCGGCAACUGGUUCGGCAAGAAGAAGCGCGGUCUCAUCUUCGGCGUCUGGAACGCGCACACGUCGGUGGGGAACAUACUGGGCGCCUACAUCGCCGGCGUGUUCGUCAACCGCGACUGGGGCCUCUCGUUCGUCGUGCCGGCCGCCAUAUGCGGUCUCGUCGGCCUCUUCGUGGUGCUUUUCCUGACGCCGUACCCCGAAGAGGUCGAGUGCGACACUCCGCGGCGAAGUUCGGCGUCGCUGCAGACGUCCCUCUCGUCCGCGGUCGUCCGGCCGGAAGACGCGGCCAGCGAGGUCGAUGAAGACGACGACGUGAACACUACUCUUGACGAGCAGGAACAGCGCUAUUUGCUGGAGAGGAGGCUCGAGAAGGAAAGCGAGAAGAGAGCCGUCACGUUCCUUCAGGCCCUGGCCAUCCCCGGAGUGCUCGACUUUUCCCUGGCCCUGUUCUUCGCCAAGCUGGUCAGCUACACGUUCCUCUUCUGGUUGCCCUUCUACAUCUACGCCUCCACGUCGUUCAGUUCCUCGAACUCGGCGUUCAUAUCGACCGCGUUCGACUUCGGAGGCAUCGUGGGUGGAAUCCUGGCCGGCUACGUGUCCGAUCGCACCGGUGCCAGCGCCAUCACCUGCGUCGUCUUCCUAAUGGCCGCCGUGCCCAUGAUGUUUGUCUUCGAAUGCUUCGGCAGCGCCAGCCUCGCCAUGAACCUGGGCCUCCAGAGCUUAGCGGGUCUCUUGAUCAACGGCCCGUAUGCUCUCAUCACAACCGCCGUAUCGGCGGAGCUCGGCACCCAUCCGACGGUGACGGGAAGCGCUAAGGCGCUGGCCACGGUCACUGCCAUUAUCGACGGCACAGGUUCCAUAGGAGCCGCUGUGGGCCCUCUGAUUGCGGGACUCGUUCUCCAGUACGGCUGGAACACCGUGUUCUACAUGGUCAUGGCAUCAGAUGUUUGUGCCGUGCUGUGCCUGCUUAGGGUCACCAAGUAUGAGUUCCUUAGACUCAGAUCUCGAAAGACAGCUCGAAUGUCUCUAAACUAGUCUUUGUUAUUGUUUUUGUUUAAUUCAUGGACAUUGAUGUUUUGCCUAUUGUUUGGGGCCAGUGAGACUGGGCCCCAGCUAUUUUAGAACUUCCACGUGCACGAAAAUCGUGCUUUUAGACAUGUUUACACACUGUCAAGUAACUUGCAUUUUAUUGCAAGCGAGACGAAGGGCUACCAGAGAAGCACCUGGGUUUGUGCACAGGAUCAGUCGCAUCUAAGGCGGACACCUCAUUUGUAUUCAAAGCCUGUACUACUACCACGAUUAUUUUAAUGUGUGUGAAAUGUGCGUAAUGUGACGUCUGAUCACGAGGCCGACAAACGGUAAUAAUUUUCCGAAAUAUGCAUCAAACAUUACUUCUACGGGGUCUUGAAUGCUAAAGGGGUGUGCACUUUAGGCGCAGCGUAGAUGACUUUCUGCAUUGUGGAUCACAUGAGGAUUGUACAUAGAUAUACAUAGCAGACAUAACGCGUUUAUGCAUACUCAUACACCAGUGUUUGUUUUACGUGCAAGUGCCUGCAUUUUUGUUGGUUAGCGAUCAUUUAUCAUCUUAAUUUACACAUUCCAAAUGAGCAAGUUGUUCUUGCAUACCAUUUUCAGAAUUUUUGAACUAACCUCCAUUGUGACACAUUUUUGCUGUGUACACCUUCACCGUGCACUUGUGGACGCCUGAGUGGAGACGUCAUCGUGUACAGUAAACGAAUUAACUGUGUAAAGAACCAAAUAGUGAAAGUUUCACGGAGCAGUGUGUCAUUGCACCGUAAAUCUGUGCCAUUGUUCAUCAAGCCUGCUUACAUGAUAUGGUACUGAAAGAAAAUCUCACUCCGCAGUGCUUUUGUGUAAGCAUGAGUACUUGUAAGGAAAUUCGGACUCUUUUAUCCACACUAGUGUACAGCAGUGACCAGGGGAAUUUACAUAUGUAUUUCACAAAAAAUCAAGCUGGCUGCAAUCCAGGAAAUAGUGCAUUUUAUUUAGGACCGCAUUAGAAAGUGUACAAGCGUAAUAAUGUGUUUGACAGAUGGGCUUUUCCCAGCAACUGAGUAUUCAUGAUGUCAGCUGUAGUGUUAAUCAUCAAUGUUUAUUGUAAUAUAAGGACCUAUCAUCCGGUGACUGCCGAGUCUGCACCGACAUUUCACUGCCAGUAGGCAGACCAAGUGCUUAUGUGACAUAGCGACUCUCCGAUACUGCACGCGAACAAAAGAUCUGAAUAUCAGCGUUGUGAGCGCUUUAUACAAGGUGAUCGUUGCAGGUAUUAAAAUGCUUAAAAGCACAUUGGGUUGCUUCUGUGCUUUUUGACUGGUGUGGCAGAAGAUUUGCCAAUUCCGACGCGUGUAAAGUGAGAUACAACACGAAACAGAUGAACUUCGCUCAAACC